GCCCCGUCGAGGAGCCGGAGCGGCGAUGGCGAGACGCGAUUUGGCUCCUCGAGGGCCUCGACGCCACAAGCUCUGUGGCGCUAAAUUGUGUGGCUCUCUGGCUGUCGGGGCUCCUCUUAGCCCUCCACAGAAAACCCGUGCCUUGCCAAGCCCACUUAGCGCAGCACGCCUCUGUGGAAGUACUUGGGCUCGUGAAUUUUGUGGGGGGCGGGGGGUGAUCUUAAAUUACAAUAAACUGGAGGUCAGGACGCGAGACCUCGCCCGGCUGGAGCAGCAGGUGGAUUUUCCGAAUCGAGCUUGUCAAAGCUUGUCAUUUCGUUGGAGUAAAUCCCGAGGCUCUGCGAGUUUUCUCCUCCGCCAAGACAGCUGCUUCGGCCAGUUUCUUCGAGCUCCAUGUAGAGUUCGAGGGGUGUGGAUCUAGCACCGCACGCAAGCAUGCGAUGCCCUGGACUGCCCUGCCCCGCCCCGCCCUGCCCUGUUCAAUCAGCGCACCCGUAAUUGUGCGCGAUUAAAAAUGUGCGCGAGUGAGUGUACAACAGUUUGGAGCAAGGCCGGCUACUCUCACCUCAAGCGCCAGAAAACAAACUCGGUGUUUGUCUUCUUUCCAAACUGCUCCAACCAACCACCAGAUCCUCCGGAACGAAAAAUCGGCGAUCACAGUACUACAAAAUUGGGGGGAUAGAGGCAAAGCAAUCAUGCUUUCUUCUUGUUUGUACGCUGCGUGCGAUCUAUCUUGGUUGCAGACAUGAGACUAGAUGGUCCAUCCGUUCCAGUUUCUCCUCCCCAAAUGAGGAAGAUUUCGGACGCCCGCAGUUGGCACAGGCCUGCUGACUCGAUGUUAACACUCUCCUUCUCCAGGUCCUGAGCACCGAAAAAACAAAUUGUUUUCGUCUUCUCCCUUCCCUGGCUCACCCCACAACGAGAUCCACAAAAACGCCAAUAAAAUCCUCGUGAUGGAAAAGGGAGUCAAUCAUGACUCUUGUUGUAUGCUGUGCGUGCUUGCUUGUGUUGCGCACAUCUAGCAUUCCAUUCCAUUUUAUUCCUUCGAAUGAUUUCAUUUUGAUCCUAGUGGUCUCAUGAUCAUGAUGAGAUCGUGAUAUGGAUAAUCUCAUCGACAUUUGGAUAGGACUUUUGAGUC